UAUACUCCAUGUCCACAAAAUGCGAAAUGAAACCACUUUUGAUCAUGCACACUCGUCUUACUUUGUCUGUCCGCGCAUGUGCCCCUUUUGGUCGAUCUGGAUUUGUUACUUGCUGAUAUUUUGAGCCCAUGGUGAUCAAUGAGAUGUUGCACAACACAGUACUACAGACACUGCAACUCAGUGACACCUUUUGACUAUCUGUUUGCAUCUUUCACAUAUCUUCUUCGUGAUUAACUCAAGGCAGGCGCGGUACGCACACCGAAAAACGUGCUCUCUUCCGUAAGUUACUAACAUGACGUACUCCAUAAGCAUUGUACAACAUUACUAUUUUGGUUGAUUGACUCACGAAGACUGGCAAGCAUAACCUACCGACUGCCUUCCGGGGUUGAUAUGACUACUUAAGUAGUCACCGCACACGGUCAUACUUCAUGCUGUCUUUCUACAAUCUCAACAUCCUUAGUUUGACCGAAUCCCACUUCUUCCUACAUUGCCUAGCAUCUCCGCCCACCUUUAAUCUCAAUUUGCAAAUCACCUGUGAAACAAAACACCAUGGGAUCAGCCUUCUUCAUACCACCCAGCUAUUACUCAGAGGCGAUAGCCAGAUCAUACAGUACCUGGGGAUCCUCACAGCCCGACAAAGAAGAGCGGCGACGAGAAAACACAAAACGGCCCAGUGGUCCACGACGCACACGAUCCGAUGAAUCCGAGCAUCACCACCACCAUCAUCGCUCCCACAACCACAACCGCCACAGACACCCCAAGCCAGAAUCCGCAAACACCCUCAGCACCUCACACUCAGCCCCGCACCGCCCAACGACGCCAAAUACCCCAUCCUCGAUGCCCUCGGUCCACAUUAUCACCUACGGCCUCCACUACGCCCCCAACCCAUCCGACGUCAAGCAGAUCCUCGCAAAAUACCUUCCCCCGGGGACAACGCACCUGUACAACAUCGCGGCGCAGACCUUCACGCCACCCCCCGAAGACAUGUGCAAGCUCUACUCGGGCAUAUCGCCGGCCAUCCAGGACAUUGUCAUGCGCGACCCGCUCGCCCGCGGCGCCGUCAUGGUCGGGGUCGAGGACAUUAUGACCUUUUUGCGCGCCCGGGAUCGCAAGGAUGGCUUCGAUGUCGCGAUUAGCGUCUGUUGCCAGAUCGGCACGCAUCGCAGCGUUUCGGUCGCGGAGAGGAUCGCUAGGGGGGUUGAGGGCUGCUGUGAGAGGGAGGCGAGGAAGGCUAUGGUUAGGCUGGUGCAUAUUCAUCGGCAUAGGGGGGAUAAAGAUGCUUAUUGA